GGCAGCAGCCAAUCAGAGGCCAGCAUACCCCCUCCUCCACCUCCAGUUACCAGGACUCUCACCCACUUCCAGCGUGGCCCGACUGGGCUGCGUCAUGUUAGCACAUCUUUAGGAGGACCAUCAGUCGAGCUCAUCUCAGAUCAUCGAUAACGUUCAAUGAAAGCCAUAAAUGAACAAACGGACCAGCGAUUUUUGCUGCGUGGUGUCUGCACACUGCCCACAACAGUCUCUCGCCACGGGUCUAUAUGUCACACUAUGAAUCAUAGCAGCUUCAAAAGGCCAGUUUUGGUUGGUUUUUCAUACCGAUUUUCCCGCACAUUUGAAGAAUGCUAUUUUAAACAGAGGAGAGAGUCGAUACAACUUAGUCUUUGGCUGAUGACACCGUCUUAAAUGUGUAUAUUUUAUCAAUCCCUGAAAGAGGAGUGGUUUUAUUUCUGUCCAUCACGAGUGUCUCAGUCAUUACUGCAGCAACAGAAGGAUUCUCUGCCGCGGCCCCCCUCACCCCUGACACACGUCGGCCAGCUGGCUUACGAAGCACAACUUAUUUGGGCUUGUGUGAACUCUUGGCUCCGCCCAGCGGCCCGCCCUCUCACGCCUGCCUCGGGGAGGCUGGGGCUAUUUAAGGAGCCCCUCCAGCACUCGGCCGUCGUCCCAGUGGAAACUCCAGCCUCGUGGUGAAGAAGCCGAAGACCAAAGAUGUGUGACGACGACGAGACCACCGCCCUGGUGUGCGACAACGGCUCUGGCCUGGUGAAGGCGGGGUUUGCCGGCGACGACGCCCCCCGCGCCGUCUUCCCCUCCAUCGUCGGACGCCCCCGUCACCAGGGCGUGAUGGUGGGCAUGGGCCAGAAGGACAGCUACGUGGGGGACGAGGCGCAGAGCAAGAGGGGCAUCCUGACCCUCAAGUACCCCAUCGAGCACGGCAUCAUCACCAACUGGGACGACAUGGAGAAGAUCUGGCACCACACCUUCUACAACGAGCUGCGGGUGGCCCCAGAGGAGCACCCCACCCUGCUGACCGAGGCCCCCCUCAACCCCAAGGCCAACAGGGAGAAGAUGACCCAGAUCAUGUUCGAGACCUUCAACGUCCCCGCCAUGUACGUGGCCAUCCAGGCCGUGCUGUCGCUGUACGCCUCGGGCCGCACCACCGGAAUCGUGCUGGACUCCGGCGACGGCGUCACCCACAACGUGCCCAUCUAUGAGGGCUACGCUCUCCCCCACGCCAUCAUGCGUCUGGACCUGGCCGGCCGCGACCUGACUGACUACCUGAUGAAGAUCUUGACGGAGCGCGGCUACUCCUUCGUCACCACCGCCGAGCGCGAGAUCGUGCGCGACAUCAAGGAGAAGCUGUGCUACGUGGCGCUGGACUUUGAGAAUGAGAUGGCCACCGCCGCCUCCUCCUCCUCCCUGGAGAAGAGCUACGAGCUGCCCGACGGCCAGGUCAUCACCAUCGGCAACGAGCGCUUCCGCUGCCCGGAGACCCUCUUCCAGCCCUCCUUCAUCGGUAUGGAGUCGGCGGGCAUCCACGAGACCGCCUACAACAGCAUCAUGAAGUGCGACAUCGACAUCCGGAAGGACCUGUACGCCAACAACGUGCUGUCCGGCGGCACCACCAUGUACCCGGGCAUCGCGGACCGCAUGCAGAAGGAGAUCACGGCCCUGGCCCCCAGCACCAUGAAGAUCAAGAUCAUCGCCCCGCCCGAGAGGAAGUACUCGGUCUGGAUCGGCGGCUCCAUCCUGGCCUCGCUGUCCACCUUCCAGCAGAUGUGGAUCAGCAAGCAGGAGUACGACGAGGCGGGCCCCUCCAUCGUGCACAGGAAGUGCUUCUAAACCCCAGCCCCCCCACCCCCCCUUUUCUACCGUGCCUUUUGCUGUAUAUACAUGU